GAAAAUAUUUGCUCACCCACCCUUUUGAGGCAGACAAGAAGAAAACUGACCCCUGCCACCUCCCCAAGCAGCGACAGAGGAGAAAACCUCGAGUUUUAUUCUCCCAAGCUCAAGUUUUUGAACUGGAACAGCGAUUUAAGCAACAAAAAUACCUCUCUGCUCCAGAAAGGGAAUACCUGGCCAGCGUGCUCAAACUCACCUCCACACAGGUGAAAAUCUGGUUCCAAAACCGAAGGUACAAAUGCAAAAGGCAAAGGCAGGAUAAAUCCUUGGAGCUGGUUGCCCACCCGCACCCCCCACGAAGGGUGGUAGUGCCAGUGCUGGUCAGGGAUGGCAAACCCUGUCUGGGGGGGUCACAGCCGUAUCCAGCCCCAUAUGGUAUCACCAGCCCUUACUCCUAUAGUUCCUACUACAGCACCUACAGCAGCAGCCCGUACGGUGCCACUUAUGGGGGAUGUUACACCGGGGUAGCCCCCAAUGCCAUCCCUGGUAGCCCCACCGUGAGCUUGAGCAUGGCCAGAGCUGCUCAGCACCAGCCCGUGGGUUUGCAAGCCAGCGUGCAAGCGGGGAUCAGAGCUUGGUAG